GCUCCCUGACAUGGCGGUGAAUUCAGGGAUCAUUUGGACGCGUUUGUACUUGGCUUUACAGGCCUUAUAUCUGCAAUAAAAGUUCUCCAUAGAGUCCAGUUGUCUGUGAGACUUGCCAGCACUCCAAUCUAUUGAAUCCACCAUGUCAACAUCAGCGGACAAGGAUGGCAUCAAGCCGCCAUCCCCAUUCUAUCUCGGCGACAACUCCAGACAAACGAAGGAUAAGCACCAUCACUCCACACCUUCGAUUUCCAAUUACUCUCGCCCAUCUACUGCAGGAACUGCCGCAAGUUCUGUCGUCAACCCUUUUUCUCCACCUGCUAGCGUCGUUAGCUUCAGCGUUGAUCCCAUAAGCAGCGGACCUAUGUCUGCUGUCACAGCAGGCGUUGCACAGUACGAGGUCCAAGAAGCCGUACCCCGUCAUGGUGUGAUGGCGCGUCCUCGCACUAUCUCAUACUAUGGCAGCAGCCGCCCCAACACUGGAGAUAACCCCAGUCGCACGAACUCCGGCGUUCGUCUUCGUGAAACGUUCGCUGCACCACCAGCUCGCCCCAUGACGGCAGUCUCGACCUCUACGAGUCUCCCUCCACCAGGCAAGACAACCCGGAUGCGUUCUACCAUGCUUGAAGAUCCAAGCACCUUAGAAAAGCCUUGGGUGACGACAAAAGACCCAUAUGCACGGAUUGCAUAUUUCUUGACUUAUUCGGUGGCGUUCCUUGGAAUAGCAGCGUCUGCUGUGCGCUGUUACUAUGGUUAUAAGAGUGUGCCGUUGAUCACUAGUAACUUGUGCAUGGUGUUGGAUGAAGAUUUCAAUUCUGACACCGAUACUACUUUCGGACCCAGCGGAAACUGGUUCCGCGAAGUGCAGUUGGGUGGAUUUGGAAACGGCGAGUUCGAGAUGACAACAUCCUCAUCAAAUAAUUCAUACACGUCCAACGGAUACCUUUACAUGACCCCUACCUUGACGUCGGACAUGAUCGGCUCGGACGCUGUGUAUAACGGUUACACAUACAACCUUACCGAUUGCACGUACAACUCGACGAACCCGCAAGCACUUCCGGGCUCAUUAAACGAUACGGGUUUUGACGCAACUGCCUACUACCAAUCCUGUGGUGCCGUAAGCAACAGUUCGACGGGUACAAUAAUCAACCCCAUACAAAGCGCGAGGAUCACCACACGCAACAGCGCCAGUAUCAAAUAUGGACGCGUAGAGGUACGGGCGAAGCUUCCGCGGGGUGACUGGCUCUGGCCUGCUAUCUGGAUGCUUCCUGUAGACAACACCUACGGACCGUGGCCAAUGAGCGGCGAAAUCGACAUCAUGGAAUCACGCGGGAACGGUCGUACUUACCCCGACCAGGGUAUCGAUUAUGUCCGCGGAUCACUCAACUGGGGGCCCUUAACUUUCUUGAAUGCUGUAUCCAAGACUUUCGGCUGGUGGACGCAGCGACGCACCGACUAUGGGGAGGACUUCCAUGUCUAUUCACUGGAGUGGACACAGGAUUUCCUUCGCAUUUACGUUGACACUCGCUUGCACUAUAUGCUUGAGCUUUCAUUUAACGAACCCUUCUUUACACGGGGAGACUUCCCCUCCGUGGUCCAAAACGGAUCCGAGCCUAUUGUUCUGCAGAACCCUUGGAUCAACGGGACCAAUGCGACACCUUUCGACCAACGAUUUUAUCUCAUCCUCAAUCUCGCUGUUGGCGGGACUAACGGAUGGUUCCCCGAUAACGCAGGUAACAAGCCAUGGCUGGACAACUCGAAAACAGCCAUGCGGGACUUUGCAAAUGCGCAGGAUACGUGGUACCCCACAUGGGGCUCAGAUGGGGAGAGUGGUUCUUUCAUUGUGGAUUAUGUCAAAAUGUGGGAGGUCUGUUAGUCGAGCCGUCGACGAUCUUAGAGAACUCGAGAUAAACAUACCUCUUAACAUGAUAGACUUACCUCGAUCACACUAUUGUGGACACUGUGGCAUACCUUAUAUAUCGUUGUACUCGCUCUUCCAUAGUUCUUGUCUAAAUAUGCAUUAUAAGUUAGCGUCUGCGUGGGCUUGCGACAGUGCGAACUGAUAUUUUCAACUUGCGUCACGGGUAAAAGACAGGCGGUGGACAGGGGACCCAGGCGUCUUCGAGAUAGACUUGUAGGUGAGCUCAACGUGCGUGUUAG